CAGACACCGGUGACCACGGGGAUGACCGGAGCGCGGCUUCGGCUCCUAGGCAGAAAGAAGUCAGGGAGGUGAGGGAGAGAAGAAAGGAUAAAGGAGCGGCGGUGCGGCGACCUAGGCAGGAGUUCGCCGGAGCGAGGAGACGGCGGACGGGCGCGGGAGACAGAGGAAUCCGGCGAGGGGGCGUGAAGUCCUUGCAGGUGGAGGCGGGCCAAGAGGGAUCAAAUCGAGACCAAGAGGCCACAGGGAGCGCUCGUGGAGAUGCGUCAUCACCUCAGGCGGACGACGCCACGGCCAUGUCUUCGUCGCCCCUCCCACCGCGAGGAAGAUUACGCCAAGCUAGGCAGCGGCGCUGGGCUGUACGUGGAGCCUCCGUCAGCCGCCUCCGCCCUCCAUACUGAUGCUCCAUCCUCUGUUUCGAUUGGCUCUGCUCCAAGUUCGACAGACCACUGGUGCUACGCCUCGACCUGCUCUGUCACUCCAUGGCACUCCUCCGUCAGACCCCAUCCAACCUUGAGUCCAGAGUCCUUCCAUAUAGGAGUUAAUUACAAACUGAACACAGAUAGGGCUGGUGGCACUCUAUGGAAUACAAAGCUACUUGAUAAGUUAUGGCAUGAAAUUGCCCGGCCUUUGAUAUAAGCGAAGCAUCAGCCUUGAGGUUAUCCGUGGGGCUGCAAUGAUACACGCUUGAAUGGAAAUAUAUGAAGUCAUGGCUGGAUGUUGCUUUCAACCAGUAUAAGGCACUGUUGACUAAGCAUGUAGAGAUUGAAAUUGAAUUUGUGACACUAUGUAAUUUCGUCUCUGGGGUAAUCGAAGAAAUGCUCCACGAAUAAGGCGUCCAGCAAUAUAUGUUCAACAUCGUGUUCCUGUACUUGAGUCAAUCUUAUUUUUAGGCUUGCUGACUUGCUUUAUUCAUGAUUGAUGAGCUUUAUUACCUAGC